AUGGAGUUCGAGAAAAAUCGUCAAAGAGGCUUAUCACACCUGCAGCAAUUUUCCUUUGGAGUGGGGCACGUGAUUAAUGACAACACUCGCCGCAUGUUGCAUUCAUUCCGAAUGAUUUUUCUCAUGAGAGUUGUUGGCAUUUCUGCAACCAAUGCCGGCUUAAUUUCCUCUUACAAUUAUUUUGCCGGUGGAAUCCUUUUUGCUCCAGUAGCAGGGUUUUUAUGUGAUAAGAUUAAAAUUCCGGUUCUGUCACGCAGGCAUGGAAAGAGAAAAUCGUGGCAUUUGAUUGGAACUAUAGCAGCAGCUAUUGGUAUUCCACUCUUUUUCAGCAAAUGUUUUGUUUGUGGCAAAGGAACCAGCGAGUGGCCGGUGUUGUUGUAUUACUUUUUGAUUGCCACAAUGAUCUCAUUUUCCAUCAACUUCGUUGACAUAUCGCACUUGUCGAUCAUUCCGGUUUUGGCAAAGGAUCAGAGAGAGGCCGCUAAGCUUUCUUCUUUAAGAACUGCUUUCAUGUAUUUAACUGGCGUCGUUUGUUACCUUGUGGCAUGGCUGAUUCUUGGACAAGAUGGCCGUGAUCAGUUAUCAAAAGAAAGCUCAAUGGAUUUUAUGGUGAUAGCUCUCAUCCUAACAGGAGUAGGACUGGUGUGCUCUGGUAUUUUCCAUGUUGGAACUAAAGAACCUCCAGACGAUUCACCAGCAGAGAGGAAGCUGUCUAAUUCGAUUGCAGAUUAUGUGAGAAAAACCUCCUUCAUGCCAUCAGUUGGUCUCUUACAGUCAGUCCUGUAUUUUGAAGGAUAUCAGCAGCGAAAGGAAAAUAUCCUAGAUAAAUUCAUUCACAGUCUGCGAUCAUUGGAAAACAAUAAUCCAACCAACCAGCAAUUAUGUGAAGAACAAACCAGCCCUGUCAGAAAAAGCAGUUUCUUUGACCAAUUUUUUGAAGCCAUAUUAGCAGGACAUGACAGUAACGAAGCUGCGGAAAGUAAGACCAUAGAAAAAGAGGCUCAUGAUCCGACACCGAACUUGACUGUUACCCCAGUGGCAGUCACAAGUGAGGAUGACUUCACGUUCGUAAAGACGUUGCCAAAAGAGCGAAAAAUAAGCCUUAUGAUGAGCAUCUUUAAUAGGCUGACGACAAAACAAGAAGAUUCUGCAGGAGAGAGCGAUUUAAAGAAAGACGAUUACAGAACUUUGGAUGAUAUAGGCGAAGGGGAUGGCCGAGGAAUGAUGGAAAAGACACAACAAAACUCAGAAAUAGAUAACCAAGGGCACAAACUGACCCCUGCUGUUGACCUUGAAGAAUUUGAAACAGAAUCCAGCCAACAUUCUCCGGAUGUUAGCAAAGAUGAUAGAAAAUCUCUGCCAUCUGUUGCUUCUGAUAUUGAAUCCACUCCUCUACAAAAAGCAAAGACAGCGAGAGCCUGGUUCAAGGAUCCUCAUUUGUAUAAGGUUGCCAUUAUUUACUCGUGCACGAAGAGUUUACAGAGUGUGCUCUUUUCUUAUUUGCCCCUGCUCCUCACCGACGAACUGAAGUUUGGAAAAGAAGCGAUUGCCAAUAUACCAUUAAUAGCGUUAGUAAGUGCCACGUUGUCAACUGAAAUUUCAAGGAGACUCUCGAGAAAAGUGGGAAACAAGUGGACAUUCACUGCGGCUGCUGCAACUGUGAUUGGAUCGUGUGCAUGGUUUUUAAAUAUUACCCAGUCGACGAGAGUUUCUACUUACCCAGCUGUUAUUCUACUGGGGUUUGGUUCCUCCGCCAUGUUUGUGAAUGCUCUUGGCUUUGCAACAGAACUUAUUGGAGACAAUAAAAACAGGAACCAAGAAGGAAGGAGAAUACAACCUAACUGUGAUGAACUGCUGUAA